CCCUUUCUCCCGGGUUUUUCUUCUAUCUUUUCCGCAGUCCGACCACCAUGUACGGACAACAACCACGCUUCAACCGUCGUGGCGGCGGCCCUGGCCGUGGCCAACCGACCCAACAACAACCACCCCCUGUAAACCCUAACUACUUUUUAAACAAUAACAACUAUUACAUUCAACCGCCAAAUUUCGAUUUACCAAUGGUAAGCCCCAACUUUUUACCCCAAAACUAUAAUUUACCAAUCGUAAACCCUAAUUUUAACCCUCCCAGACUAUUCAGUCCAAGUAGCCAAUCAUCAUCCAGUAAUAAUAAUAAUAAUAGAGGAAUGAUUGAUAAAGCCGUUGCGAAAGCUCGCCGUGAGCUACUCGCAGCCGGAGAUAACGUGUCGGCGUUGAAGGUAUCGCAGGCUGCACUUGUAAUACUUGAAGCUGAUUCAUGGGAUUCAUUAGGUGUUAAGAUGCAAAACGUGCCUUCUUUAUUCCGCCUUAUGCUUAUAGAAGGAAAGAUCAAUGCAUUUAUUAAUUGCUUUGUCGGGGUCUGGAAGAUUACCACCUUAUCUGAUUUGGAGACGGCAAUCUGCAAGAAUGAGGGAGUUCAAAAGUUUGAAGAACUAGAGUUGGGACCUCUCAUCAGGCAUCCUCUUAUAAAUCAUUAUUUUUGUGUGAGUUCUGAUUCAUCUGGAGUAUUCAAAAUAUCUGGACAAGAGAUACUUAAUCAUCUUGUUGAGUUUAUGGACACUCAUAAAGGUAAAGAAGUUAAGGCUGAUGAAUUGUUGGAUUUCAUUGCCAAAAAGCAUUCAGUUGAUAGCAAGGAAAAACUUCAUGUACGUAUCCAAAGUUUGGGGUUGCAUAUUUCUUUUAUUCGGCAAGCAAGACCAUUGGAAAAUGCCAUAUUAAAGAGAAGUCUCUUGAGUUCUAGUAAAUCGAAAAGAAAACGUCCUCUUUUUACGUCACAGAAAAAACAACUGGAUGAAAAUUUUAGUGCCAUAACUGAACGUGUCAAGUCAUUUUCUUCCGGACAUGGCCAACAUUUACGUUUUCAUUCACCAAGUUCAGAAGAAGAAGAUGAUGAUAUGGAAAGUGAUGACAAUGAGGAUGAAGCUUGUUUGACUAGUCAAAGCAAAAACUCAUCUCAAAGCUUGAAAAGUUCUGAUCGAGUUAGUAGUUGUCCAUAUCCAUCUGCAGCUGAGGAGAAGACACGACUUGGAAUAUCAAGUGAAAAGGAAGAGAGCCCUUCAUUUGAUCGGACAAAUUGCAAUGGUGGUGUUAAUAGAACAAAUAAAAAGAGAAAAUCAGAUGCAAUAGAAUCUUCAUCUUCUGCCCGCAACAAAUCUUCUAAAAGAGGUGGUGUUCGAAAGGAUUCUGCGGGUAAAGAAAUCAGAAGUAACUUUAGUCAUGAAGAUAUAGCUGAUAUGUCAAUAAACAAAGAUUCAAUGAUGACAUUCAUUACGUUGUGGAAGGAUGCAUGCAAAAGGAAGAAUGCAUCUGAGGUCAUCAGUCAGAUGUUCACGUUCUACAAAGCCCCUGGUGGAUCAAAGUUGCAAAACAGAGUGGUUAAACGAAUUUAUGAGUCUUACCCCCUAAUUGGAUUAACAAAUGUGGCGGUCCAAUCCAUUAAACAUGGAAUGUGGGAUAGCAUGUAUGACACUUUCCAAACCUUUGAGCAGCAAGAAGCACCACUCACAGCUUCAGAGGUUCAUACAGGGAAUGUAGGCAUAGAUAUAAAACAAACUGAUAGUCCGCUUGUCAGUAAGCAUGUUUCAAAACAACAGUGUGAAGUCAGUGUUGAAGAUAUCUUGUAUAAAGUUUCUGUAUUUCUCAAUGAUAAUCAUGAUCCUCAAAGUGAUUCCAUAUCCUCUCUUGGGAAAAAUGCUGCCUUUCUUCGAAUUCUUUACAAGUGUGAGGUAUGGCUUACUCAGCAGUUUGCCGUCGAAAAUUUCGAGUCCUUUGGACAUGGUGAUUAUAUUAAUUUCAUAGAAAGAAACGUUAAUGCAUUACCUUCCUCAUUCCAAAAGUAUUUCGUAGCGGAUGGGACCCAUGAUAAGCCUACUUUAAAUGCUUGCAUGUCACACAAGCUAUUAGACGUGCUUGUAGCACAAGCCUCACAUAACUUAUCAGAAAAUGAAAACUUAAGCAGUCAUGAUGUUAUAGAUCUGCUUACAAAGCAAUUCCCGUUAAUACCUUUCAGUUUAGAUAUAGAAGGUUCAGCAAAAUCCUUAGAUGACGUUGUGACGGCCAAUAAAAGCCAUCCGGUUUCUAGUAAUGUACAGUUUUCAGCUGCUCUAUUAUCACCUCAUACCAUGAAUAGUUCCUCAGAUUCACAUGUUUCGUCUAAAGAGGCAAUUGAAGUUUUGCUUAGGGCUCCAAUGUUGACAGAUCUAAUUACAUGGACGCAUUGGGAUGUUUUAUUUUUUCCCUCCCUUGGCCCUCUUACUGUGUGGUUAUUAGACGAGACAAAUGUCAAAGAGCUGCUUUGUUUGGUGACUAAGAGCGGGAAUGUGAUACGUAUUGAUCAUACAGCCACCGUGGAUUCAUUUUUAGAAGCUUUCAUACAGGGGUCUUCUUUCAAGACAGCAGUGAAUCUGAUCUCUCUUUUUGCACUGUAUGGUGGUGAAAAAAAUGUUCCCUUGUCUCUUCUAAAGUGCCAUGCUGAAAAAGCUAUCAAAGUCAUAACCCAAAAUUAUAUGCACAAUGGGGUGAAAGAUCCAUCCAAAAACAAAAGUGAAGUCGAAAAUGGGAUAUCAAUUGCAUCAAAAUUUAUUAUUGAUUGUCUGGCUUAUCUACCUGUAGAAUUUCGUUGCUUUGCCACUGAUGUUUUGCUCUCAGGGUUUCGCUCGAUUGUAAAAGAUGGUCCUUUGGUCAUUUUGAGUCAUUGCAGAAACUCAGAACAACAUCUAAUGCUUCAUCAAUUGGGAUUGUCUUUUGGUAUAAUGGAGUGGAUCAACGAUUACAAUACAUAUUCUUUUUCUGAAUUCUGCAUGUCAUCUCAAUCUGAGCAAGAAAAGGUUUUGUCAUCCAGUUAUUCAUGUGUAGAAGGGAAAGGGAUAUUAUCCACCAAGGAUGAGGUGUCACAGGAGGAAUGUAAAGUAAUCAAUCUUAUUGGCAGAAGAAUGCAUUUAAAACAAGAUUCAUCUACAGUUAGCAAUGAGCAGGAAUCCACCAAGGUUAUUGAGUCUAUUAGGCGAGAAGAGUUUGGGUUGGAUCCAGAUACCUCAGAUAAGGAGGAUACUAUAUUAAAGAAGCAACAUGCUCGCUUAGGCAGAGCAUUACAUUGUCUCUCUCAAGAGUUGUAUUCCCAGGACUCUCAUUUUCUACUUGAACUUGUUCAAAAUGCCGAUGACAACAUGUACCCAUGUGAGGUGGAGCCAACUCUGACCUUCAUCCUUCAAGAAGCAGGUGUCAUAGUACUUAAUAAUGAGCAUGGAUUUUCUGUUGAAAAUAUCAGAGCACUUUGUGAUGUUGGCAAUUCAACAAAGAAGGAACCCAGUGCUGGAUAUAUCGGUAAAAAGGGCAUCGGUUUCAAAUCAGUAUUUCGGGUUACUGAUGCUCCGGAAAUUCAUUCUAAUGGGUUUCAUAUCAAGUUUGACACAAGCGAUGGUCAAAUUGGAUUUGUUUUGCCAACAAUUGUUAAACCUUGUGAUAUAGAUUUGUUCAGCAAGCUGGUUUCUACUGAAAACGAUCGAAUGGAUGAGCAACAUUGGAAUACAUGCAUCGUGCUUCCUUUCAAAUCAAAGAAAAAUGAAGCCUUUUCAGUGGAGACCCUCAUUUCCAUGUUUUCUGACCUCCAUCCAUCCUUGUUGCUAUUCCUUCACCGUCUUGAAUGUAUUAAAUUUAGAAAUCUUCUUAACGAUUCACUCAUUGUCAUGCGGAAGGAAGUGGUUGGAAAUGGUAUUGUAAACGUUUCCCUUGGGAACCAGAAAAUGACGUGGUUUGUCAAAUCAUCUAAAUUACAAGCCUCUCAUAUCCGUCAUGAUGUCAAAUCAACUGAAAUCUCAAUGGCGCUUAUGUUGGAGGAUUUGAAUGAUGGAAACUAUAUUCCGAAGCUUGACCAUCAACCUGUUUUUGCUUUUCUUCCUUUACGGAACUAUGGUCUGAAAUUUAUCAUCCAAGCUGAUUUUAUUCUUCCUUCAUCAAGGGAGGAAGUUGAUGGAGAUAGUCCAUGGAACCAAUGGUUGCUAUCCGAGUUUCCAAAUUUGUUUGUUAGUGCUCAGUUGCCAUUCUGUAAUCUUCCUUGUUUUAAAGAUAAUCCGGCAAAGGGGGUUUCAGUGUUCAUGAGUUUUGUUCCUCUUCUAGGGGAAGUGCAUGGGUUUUUUUCCUGCCUUCCACGUAUGAUUAUCUCUAAGUUACGUACAUCAAACUGUCUGCUUCUAGAAGGGGACAUGAGUGAGUGGGUGCCUCCAUGUAAAGUACUAUGUAACUGGACAGAACAAACUCGUUCUUUGUUACCUGAUAGUUUGAUUAUGGAGCAUCUUGGUGUUGGCUACUUGAAUAAAGAUACAGUUCUAACUGAUUCUUUGGCUCGGGCAUUAGGCAUUGACGAGUUUGGACCCAAAAUUCUUAUUCAAAUCAUGAAGUCUUUAUGUCGUGCUGGUUCUCUAAAAUCAAUGGGACUCAGUUGGCUAUCUUCUUGGCUAAAUGUUUUGUAUUUGCUGUCUGGUAAUGGAACUCAGUGUGAUGUCAUAGCUGCCGUUCGUCAGUUACCGAUUAUUCCUCUUCUGGAUGGUAGUUAUGCGUCGAUUAAUGAUGGUGCAAUUUGGUUGCAUACCGAUCGAGAGCACGGUCUUGAAGCUUUCAGGAACUUGUAUCCAAAGCUCCGAGUUGUUAAUCCUACAAUCUAUAAUGAUUCUUCUGCUGAAAACAUAAUCCAAGUGCUAUAUAAAGUUGGGAUACAACGGUUAUCUGCGCAUGAAGUUCUAAAAGUGCACAUCUUACCAGCAAUUUCUGAUGAAAAAGUGAUGGCAGGAAGUGCUGAGUUGAUGACUGAAUACCUCACAUUUAUAAUGUUUCACCUAGAGUUGUCUUGUCCAGAGUGUCUUGUGGAUAAGGAACUCAUACUGUCACACUUACGUAAAAAUGCUUUUAUAUCCACAAAUCACGGGUUUAAACGGCUUGUUGAUGUGCCAAUCCAUUUCAGUAAAGAAUUUGGGAAUCCAAUUGACAUGAGCAAGUUGGUUGAGGGCACUGACAUGAAAUGGUUCGAGAUCAGUACCAGUUAUCUGAAGCACCCAGUCUACAAAUCCUCACCUGAUGGAACUUCAAAAUGGAGAAAAUUCUUGCAAGAUUUAGGAGUCACCGACUUUGUUCAAAUAGUUAAGGUUGAAAAGCGAGUUGAUGACAUAUCUCAUACAGCUAUUAAGAAUAUGAUGUUAGAUGAUAAUUGUCUAUCUUCAGGAUCUAUUGUCAAAGAUUAUGAUUCCCAAGAGUUAAUACAAUUGCUGUCACAUAUUUCUUCAAAGGUUGAUCGGGGAAAGGGUAAAUACCUGCUAGAGGUACUUGAUACACUAUGGGAUGACUGUUUUAGUGAUAAGGUUACAGGUUUCUGCGGCAGCAAUGGACUAUACAAGCCUUUCAAAGCCUCUGUUAUAAGAACUCUUCAUGGUGUUUGCUGGUUGGCUUCUGAUAUAGAUGAUCAACUCCACUUUCCUAAAGAUCUGUUCUAUAAUUGUGAAACAGUGCGUGCAGUUCUCGGCGAUAGUGCACCGUAUGCUAUUCCAGAGGUUAAGAAUGUCAAGUUAUUAAAUGAUCUUGGUUUGAAGAAUAUGGUCACCCUUGAUGAUGCUUUGUCAGUUCUACAAGUUUGGCAAAGAUCAGAAAAACCUUUUAGAGCCAGCAUAUCUCAAAUGUCCAAGUUUUACACAUAUCUGUGGAAUGAGAUGAGCAUCUCAAAGCAGAAGAUAAUGGAUAGUUUACAUUCCGAGGCUUUUAUAUUUGUUCCUUACUCGUUUGCUUCCAUGCAUGAAGUUGUAUCUGGUUCGUUCUUAUCUCCGGCUGAAGUUUAUUGGCAUGAUUCUACGGGUUCGAUGGAACAAAUAAAGACCAUCUAUCCUCAGUUUGAUCGACAUAUGACUCAUCGCCAGUUCAGCAAGAUGUUAUGUAGUAUAUACCCUGGCCUCCAUUAUUUCUUUGUGAAUGAGUUCGGAGUAGCAGAAAAUCCUCCUCUGCUGGACUACCUUAAGUCUCUUCUUCAAUUAUCAACUGGGAGUUUGCCAUCACAGGCAGCUAAAACAGUUUUUCAAGUGUUUCAAAAGUGGAGUGAUGGGUUAGACUCCGGUAUUCUGAGUUCUGAUGAUAUUGCCUAUAUGAAGAAGAGUAUGGAGGAAAAGGAAAUGAGAAUCAUUCCAACUGUGCAAGAUAGAUGGGUUUCUUUGCAUAAAUCUUUUGGUCUCAUAUGUUGGUGUAAUGAUGAGCAAUUAAGAAAGGAAUUUAAAAACUUGAGCAAUGUUGAUUUUAUAUACUUGGGGGAGCUUAGUGCUGAAGAAAAACAGAUACUUCAGGCAAAUGUUUCUGUUUUAUUUCGAAAGCUGGGAAUCUCUCCUCUUUCUGAGGUUGUUACUCGUGAAGCAAUAUAUUAUGGCCCGACAGAUAGUAGUUUCAAAACUUCAUUGGUAAGUUGGGCUCUUCCAUAUGCUCAGCGCUACCUUUAUAGUAUCCAUCCAAAUGAAUAUUCUGAAUUCAAGUUGUCUGGACUCAAGAACCUGGAUACUUUGAAAAUUGUUGUGGUGGAGAAGUUAUUUUACAAGAAUGUCAUCAAAAGGUUUGGUAUUGAAUCAAACAAGCGAUGUGAGUGCAGUUGUCUUCUUCAUGACAAUACCUUGUACGCAACCCGUGAAUCUGAUACCCACACACUUUUUAUGGAGCUUUCUCGAUUACUAGUCGUUGGAGUUCCGGAAUUACACUUGGCAAAUUUUCUUCACAUGAUUACAACCAUGGCCGAAUCAGGUUCCACAGAGGAACAAAUGGAGUUCUUCAUAACAAAUAGCCAAAAGCUAUUGAAGCUUCCAAUUCAGGAAUCACCGUGGUCCGUUUCCAUGUCGUCACCAGUAGAGGAUAAGGAUAUGCCAACCACAAGCUCUGCUUUUUCAUUGGAUGAUUUACAUCCUCCAAAAUCUACUGGUAAAAAUAUUGGGAACAACUCAAGUUGGCCUCCUGUCAAUUGGAAAACUGCACCAGGGUUUGAAUAUGCAUCAAAAACAAAAGCAUUUGGUCCUGCUCAAACAAGGCGUGAUGUUACAGGAGGAUCAAUUGAGAGUGAUGGUGACUGGAUCAUUACAGAAUAUGCAAACUCAACUAAUCCUGCAGUGAUCUUAGAAGAAGAAGAUGGUUUACAAGUCAAAUCAGAUAUUGAAAUUUAUAAAGAUUCCUCUGAUGAUAUUGGGACUCAAGGUCAAUCCGAUUGUGGAAAAGAUAUGGUUUUUUCAGAUAUAAAUGUUGGAUAUUCUGCAAUGACCAGACAUGACCGGCCAAAUGCGAGCUCUUCCAGUUUAAUUCAGAGAGAUCAACUAACUUGGGGCAUGGUAACCCCACAACAGGUCAUAACUGGGAGAACGGGAGAGCUUAUGGCUUUCAAAUACUUCUCUGCGAAACUUAGUGAGAAAACUGUGAGAUGGGUCAAUGAGGUGAAAGAAUCCGGAUUGCCAUAUGAUAUUGUUGCUGAAGGCAAGGAUAAUAGCAAGGAAUACAUAGAAGUAAAGGCAACCUCAAACGCAAGGAAAGAUUGGUUUGUUAUAACUGUAAGAGAGUGGCAGUUUGCAGUUGAAAAAGGAGAAUCUUAUAGCAUUGCGCGUGUUAUAAUAUCAGAUGGAAAAUCGGGUCAGGUCACUACGUAUCGAAAUCCGGCUAAUCUAUGCCAGUCGGGGCACCUUCAGCUGGCUAUUCUGUCAUCAAAGCAAUAAAAUAUGCACAAUCAGUAGAUACUCUUACAAGUGCCCCGUUUUUGUUUUUUUUGUAUGACAGUUUUUCUAUGGAUGCAAAGGGAUAGCACAACGUGGUCCUUCAAUAAUAGUGGAAACGAUACUGAAAUACUUGAUGGAGACUGCACAAAAUGGCGGUGCUGCCAAACAGUGUCAUGCGCUCAUGAAAAAUUAGCCUCGUGAAGCUGCAUAUAGUUGUACAUGUAUUCACAGAAUCAAAGAUGUUAUUAAAUUUUAGGCUUACAAACUUAAGCAAUAGGAGAAGUCAAUCUUUGGACAGACUAGCAUUUAUUGUACAACAUUUUUAUUUUAUGAAUUUAUGAAGUACCAAUUCGUGGUCAUCAGAAGUACUUCGGUCAACCUGUAACGGUGUAACCUACAAGUUGGCUUACAAAGGAUUACUUGCUUAAAGUUUAAUUAUUUACUUUUCAAU